CUAGGGGCCUUGCCAUGGACACUAGACAACCUUCAUUACACGACCUUUUGCUCGGUCGUACUUUUGUUACAGUACUCCUACGUAUGUGUUCACUUUUUGGCAUUGUUUCAAUCAAUUCAAUGGAGAAUGGGAAAAAAUUGAUGGAAAAUGGUGAAAACUGAGAGUUGUGUAUUAUGUUUCGCAAAUAAAUCGAAGUGGUUUCUGGAUAUAUUUUGUGAGGAGAAUCAAUCGAUGAAUAUUUCCCCAAUUAUUUCAAAACAUUUGUGGUUUGACUUGAAGCCUUCCGACCAGUGUUAUGUGUGUGCCGAAUGCUGGAAGAAUGUUUACGAUUUUCAUUUGUUUUAUUGUAAAUUAGAAAAAAUACAUUUGGAUAACAAUGAAUCCAAUCCUAAGUCUACUCAACCGGACUUUGAGUUCCAUCCUGUUGACGAAGUAAAGAUCGAGCCACUUGAUGAUUACGAAACUGAAAAAUCAGUCAUCACGACGACUGACCCAACAAGUGCAGGAGUCGGAAAUGAUUCAUCUGAAGCAGAUGAACUGUUAAAAAGACGUUCGCCCACAGCUUCUACACAGAAGCCGGUGAUCAGUGAAUCAGAAUCAGGGGAAGACGAUAACGAUUUCCUAGCCGAAGAUGGUCCUGAUUAUAUCGACGACGACGACGACGAUGAUGAUGAUGAUAAUGAAACUGAUGUGAAAUAUGCUACCGUAAAACAAACAGAAACCCCCAAAACCAGCAAACGACGAGGAAGACCGCCAAAAAAUGCAGCCUCCAAAAAAGAUUCGGAAACAGAAAUCGAUGCAUCUGAAUAUGGCCAAUGUUCGAAGGAUGGUGAGAGAAAACAUAAAUCGAAAAGACGGAAGAGAUUCAAAAAAGAAUCUAGUGAUGAAAGUUCAGAAUCUGACUCAGGCUCCAAUUAUGGCGACCGAAGGAAAAGUUGUGGAAAACGUACAAGAGAUGAGAGAUUGUUCUCAUAUAUUUCGGAAUUUAUUUGCUACAUUUGUCCUGAGCGAGUGGAGUUCGAACGGUUUCAUCAUGCAAACUUGCACUAUCGUGAAGUCCACCAGGAACCGGCGUAUUUGAAAUGCACGAAAUGCGAUCGAAAAUGUUUCUCUCCGGGUGGAUUUAUCAAUCAUAUGGAGACUCAUGAUGACCCGGAAAAGAAUAAGUGUCCCAUUUGUGGCAAAGUCACAGACCAGAGAAUAACACUCAAAAAGCACAUGAGAGCCCAUCGUAUUCAGAUGGAGGAAACAUUACCUUUCGCCUGCAGCCAAUGUCCGCGUCGGUUUGAUUUGGAGAAGGCCAGAGAUAAGCACGAACGGCUACACGGAAGAAAGUUUGUAGUGAAGCGAGAGAAGGGGCGCGAUGAAGAGCUGAUAGCAUUCUACAAGAAAAUUUCGUGCGACAUUUGUGACGAGGAGAAAAACGAUCACAUUACAUAUGACAACUUUUGGGAUCUCAAAAAUCAUAUGAAUUCCGAGCACAACAAGACGCCCUAUCUAAAAUGUCCAGUCUGCUUCAAGAAAAAUGUCUGUCGGCAGCAGCUGAUAGUUCAUAUCGAAGUGCACGAGAAUCCGGACAAAUACAGAUGUGAUAUUUGCGGGGAAGUGUACCAAUUCCUGGAGAAACACAAGUUCAAAGUUCACGGACGUGAAGCAGAAACGGACGAUAAAAGCUAUAGUUGUGAGCACUGUGGUAAAAUGUUCCGUUGCGAAACCAACCUCAAGAAUCAUAUCGAUCGUGUGCAUGGUGUUAAGGAUGUAAUGUGCGGCAUAUGUAAUAAAUCAUUCAGCAAAAAGGCAAUCAGUGCUCACAAGCGAUCAGCUCAUAGUGAUGAGAUGUUUAUGUGCGAACAAUGUCCGAAGAUGUUCAAAACUCGUAGCGGUCUGGAAUCGCACAAAAGUGAACACGAUGUUGAGCUGCGAAAGCCAGUAAAAUGCGAACUAUGUGGCAAAGAGAUGCGUCGAGGUGCAAGCUUGACGAAGCACAUGAAGGUGAUUCAUUCACAAGAAGAUCCAGUUAAUUGCAAUAUGUGUGGCAAACAGUUUCGAACCAAGUUCCACAUGACCCGUCAUCGUACCAACACCUGCUCUGCAACGAUAGACUCAAGGCCCUUCAAAUGUGAGGUUUGCGGAAAAGGAUUCUCAAUGCGGCUUACAAUGACCGAACACAUGACAACACACACAAGGACAAGUUUGUACCAGUGUGCAUUCUGUUUCAAAACUUUUGGAUAUAUUUCCAAUCUAUAUAAGCAUCGCAAAAAAGCCCACCCGGAGGAGUGGCAAGAAGUUCAAGCUAGACCUGAACAAGGAAUAGCUACCGUUAUAGAAAUGAGAAACUAGUUUAAGCCCGAUUGAAAUCAAAGAGUGAUCAUAGUUUUAGUGUUGCUAAGUUCAAGUGAUGAGAUGUGUUGUAAAUAUACAGGGCAUCUUGUUUUUUAACACAAGCAAAAUAAUACAAAUAUCAACAACA